UGAAAUUUCCUGUGUAUGCAAGUCCGGCUGCCGCUGCGGGGCUGCUCAGAGUGUACGGGCGGCUCCGGAGAGGCAAGCACCCCCCGGCCGCCCCAGCCGCAAUGGAGGUGACGUCCCCCGGGCCCGGGCUGCUGCUGGCCAUCUUCUGCCUGCUCGCUUCCCACGGAGGGCCAGCAGCGUUGCUGAUUACCACCCCGUACUCGCUCUGCGUCUGUCCCGAGGGCCAGAACGUCACCCUGACCUGCCGGAUCAGCGGUCCCCUCGCCGACCGCCACGACCUCCUCUACAAGACCUGGUACUUCAGCAGCAACGGCGACCAGAGCUGCUCGGAGAAGAAGCACAUCCGCAACAUUACGGAGAAGGAGCUGCACCAUGACGCAGGCAGGCACCACGAGCUGCCGGGCAACGGCACCCAAAAAUCCCCUCUCGCGGGGCAAGCCAGCCAUCACGGGGUGGAAUUUGUCCCUGACCACCACGGUGCCUUUCACAUCGUGGUGAUGAACCUGACACUGCAGGACAGUGGGAAUUACUGCUGCUACGCUGUGGAGGCCAAGCGGGAGCACGGCAAGCCCCACACCGUGCAGGUCGCGCAUGGCUUCGUGGAGCUGCAAAUCCAGCAAGGCAGAGGAGGGCUUCAAAACUGCACGUUUCAUACUGCCAUCAGCAAAGAUAUCACGGCUGCCGCUCUGGCGACAGGUGCCUGCAUUGUGGGCAUCCUCUGCCUGCCCCUCAUCUUGCUCCUGAUUUACAAGCAGAGACAAGCGGUCAGCAGCAGACGUGCCCAUGAGCUCGUCAGAAUGGAGAGCAGCCCCCAGGGCAUCGAAAACCCUGUCUUCGAGGCAGUCCCCUCAGUGAGCACGGAGCCACGGCCCCGACCCCAGCUCUCCUACAUGGCCAGCCGGCAGCCCUCUGAGUCUGGCCGGCACCUGCUCUCCGAGCCUGGCACCCCCUUGUCCCCCCCCGGCCCUGGGGACUGCUUCUUCCCAACACUGGAUCCUGUUCCCGACUCACCAAAUUCCUUGAAAGCCUAAAGACCGCGGAGGAAACCACAUCCCCCAGACAAAGCUGGGAGAGGCCAGGCAGCUGCUGCACCGUGCUCACCCAGCUGAGACCUCUCCGGGAGGACAGCGUCGCCACAGGCAGAAAUGCCUUAAAAAAUGAAGCUGAGUGCAGGAGCCCUGUCCUCAUCUCCUGUCCUGGCUCUGCCCUCAGGCUGGAAGUGAAUUUGUCUUGCCUGGAUUUCAGUUUUUAAGCUGAAAAUUGGGGGUGCAGAGAAGGAAGAACAACCCACACCUGCAAACAUCCCCAAGGAUUUAAGUUAUUGCCAGGAGUUUAAGCUCUGCAACAUCAACCUGUUUCUGCAUCUUUGACUGAACAUCCUCUUUGGGAAGGGAUGGUAAAGUACUGUAUCCACCACGAGACAGAACAGAGUCACCUUUGUCUUUGCAAAACAGGAAGGGGAGAGGCUCCCUGCUGCUGACAGAGCCCUCCUUCCCCACCAGCCUUCUGACACAGCCAUGGAUUUGGGAAGCUGCCGCAUUAUCUGCUGGACACACAUCGGGAGGAGCUUUAUUUCUGCUUCAAUUUUAUCCUCAGCUUGGGAUCGGGGAAUUCAUCUUCCUGUUUGUUCCAUUACUAUUUGAGAUUAAAAGAAAAAAAUGGUA